UUACGUCAUGCCGUAACUGGGGAGCCGCACAACCGCAUUGUUGUUGGCGAAAAUAAAUCAGGGGCUGCUAGCUACUGAUCAUUAGCAAGUCGCAAAAGGACAUUAGUAUUUGGUGUCUUUUCAGAAAUAUUUAUGUUUGUAAUAGAAUCGAAUUUGGAAUUUAGACAGUCGUCGUUCAAAUUUAUAAUUCAAAGCUGCUCGAGCGGUGCCCGUUGGAUGAGAGGAUUGUGUGUGGAUUUACUGCUGCUGCUGCUCUGCAGGCCACAUCGCCAUUGCUUGCAAGCGUUGCUAUUUUCGAAAGCGGAAUUACAGAAAAUACAAAGUUUUUUUAGGUCUUCAUGAUGAAGAAAAAAGUGCGGCAUUAUAAUCGCAUGUCCACGCCCCAGAGGCCCCCCUCUCCCAUCAAACCUUCACCGAACAAGGAGACCCUGACAUACGCCCAGGCCCAGCGCAUGGUGGACCUAGAGAUAGAUGGCCGUGUGCACAGGAUCAGCAUCUAUGACAAGCUGGACGUCAUCGCCGACGAUGACCCCACGGCCCAAGAGAUCAUGGAGUGCAACAGCAACAAGGAGAACAACGAGAAGCCCCAGCAAGUGCUGGUGCGCUCGGUGAGGCUAAAAAACAACCAGCAGAAGAAGAGUGCCGCCCUCACCACCACGCGCAGAGCUGCCCCGCAAGGGAGUGCCCUCCUUGAACCCAAGUUCCGCACAGUGGAGUACAACCUUCCCGCGGUGCCUCGAAGGCCCUCCAUCUAUUAUAAGUAUUCUGAGAAGACUGCCGAAGAGCUGGAUGAGGAGGUGGAAUACGACAUGGAUGAGGAGGACUACGCCUGGCUGGAUCUGCUCAAUGAGAAGAGGAAAAGUGAGGGCAUCAGCCAGGUGUCCCAGAACCUCUUUGAGUUCCUUAUGGACCGCUUCGAGAAGGAGUCCUUCUUUGCCAGCCAGGGCCAGAGCGACCCGCAGACCCUCAUCGAUGAGGACGCUGUCUGCUGCAUCUGCAUGGAUGGAGACGGCCAGGACAGCAACGUCAUCCUCUUCUGUGACUCUUGCAACAUCGCUGUGCACCAGGAGUGCUACGGUGUUCCCUACAUCCCUGAGGGCCAGUGGCUGUGUCGCCACUGCCUCCAGUGUCCCUCACGGCCCGCUGAGUGUGUCUUCUGCCCCAACAAAGGCGGUGCCCUGAAGAAGACUGAUGAUGACCGCUGGGGCCACGUGGUGUGUGCCCUGUGGGUGCCAGAAGUGGGCUUCUCUGACACAGUCUUUAUCGAGCCCAUUGACGGUGUCAGCAAUAUUCCGCCCGCCCGCUGGAAACUCACCUGCUACCUCUGCAAGGAGAAGGGCACCGGGGCCUGCAUCCAGUGUCACAAGGUUAACUGUUACACAGCCUUCCACGUCAGCUGUGCCCAAAAGGCUGGCCUCUACAUGAAAAUGGAGCCUGUCAAGGAAGUCACAGAGACCGGGUCACCCACUUUCUCUGUGAAGAAAACAGCCUUCUGCUGUGCUCAUUCUCCUAAAGGGUGCACCCGGAGACCCCUUGCUAUCUACGAGGAAGGACAUGCUAAAAACGGUGUCUGUCACAAGAGGGGUGACAAAAGAGGGAGGACGAGGUUAAAAGGGUGGCAGAAGAAGAAGAGCAAAAGAGUAGUGGUGGUGCCUGAGCCCGAGGAAGAGGCUCCCACUGCGCCUGGGCCUAGUAUAACCCCCAGCAGUUUCGACACAAUCCUCAAUCAAGUGUCUGUCCAGAAAAAGAAGGUGUUUGUGGAGCGGGUCCUGAGCUACUGGAUGCUGAAGAGACAGUCGAGGAACGGCGUGCCACUGAUCAGGCGGCUACAGGCCAACCCUCAACCCCCCAAACCAGAGCUGCCGGUCAGUCUAGUGGACCGCAGGGUGGAGGAUAAUCGAGCGAUGAUGGAGCAGCUAAAGGAAUGGCACCGCCUACGCCACGACCUAGAGCGAGCUCGCCUACUGCUCGAACUGAUCAGGAAGAGGGAGAAGCUAAAGAGAGAGCAGAUGAAGCUCCAACAGUCUGUUCUAGAGGUACAGCUCACACCCUUCAACAUUCUACUACGAGCCGUCCUGGACCAGCUUCAGGAGAAGGACCAGGCCAAAAUCUUUGCCCAGCCUGUCAGCGUUAAAGAGGUGCCUGAUUACUUGGACCACAUCAAGAACCCAAUGGACUUCUCCACCAUGAGGAAGCGCAUCGAGGCCCACGGCUACAAGAGCCUGGAGGAGUUUGAGGCCGACUUCAACCAGAUCAUAUUGAACUGCAUGAAGUACAACGCCAAGGACACGUUCUUCCACAAGGCUGGACUGCGUCUACAAGACCAAGGCGAGGCCAUCCUCAGGAAGACUCGUCGGUAUGCAGAGCGAAUCGGCUUUGACUUUGCCAACGGGAUGCACCUCCCUGAGCCGCCCAAGGUGGAGGCUCCUCCCCCUUUCUCCUGGGACGAUGUGGACCGGAUACUAAACCCAGCUAACCGGCAGCACAUGUCUUUGGAGGAGCAACUUAAAGAGCUGCUGGAGAAGCUGGACCUGAGCAGUGCCAUGAAGUCCAGUCCAUCUCGCAGCAAGCGGCUGAAGCUGCUCAAAAAGACCAUCACAGAUGUUCGCAGCGAGAUAUACCUAAAGACGCGGCGCCCCGCUGCCACUUCCUUUGAACAGACACCAGCAGAGACUGAGGAGAAACCCCUGCCCCCCACUGGACACAGCAUACAGGAAGAGGGAUGCAAGUCUUUGCCCCCACCGAAACUAGAGCCAUUGAACUCGUCGCCGCCACUUGUCAACUCAGACAGUCAUUCAGAACCUCCCAUGCUCAACCCCAUCAAAUCCAAUGCGGACAAGAGCCAGAAGACCUCCAAGUGCAACAGUGUCAAGACCGCUACCUCUGUACCCCGGGAACCCAUCAACGGGCACAUCUGUAACCCGCUGUUCCCCGUCAGUGACCUCAGUGUCGUGGCCACCUCCAUGCUCGCAGAGCCCUCUGGCACGGGCAACAGGCGGACCAAUGUGCUCUUAUGCAAGUCCAAGAGUGCCAGCCUGCAGAAGCCCCCAAGGACAGCCGAGCACUUGCCCGGCUCCACGCCGCUGGGAGCCAAAACCUUCCUCUCUGUGGUCAUUCCUCGCCUUGAGACCCUCCUUCUACCCAGGAAGAGGACCCACAGCUCCAGUGGAGACUGUGACGAAGAUGAAGAGGAAUCGCCCAUCAAGCGCCUUGACACAGGACUAGCUAAUGGCUUUGUCGUUGAGCCGGAGAGUGAGGCCAGCCCUAGUAGGCCGCUGGAGCCUCGCAGGCGCUGUGCCUCUGAGUCCAGCAUCUCCUCUAGAGGCAGCGUGCUGUGUAGCACAAGCACGGUCAGAGUGGCAAAAAAUGGGAAAGGGAGGCCAUCCAUGGCGCGUAGGAGCACAGUGGAUGACAAAAACGCGCUCAUCACCUGUAUCGAAAAUGGGGACUUUACCAAAGCCGCUAAGAUUGCAGCAGAAGUUGGCAACGGAAAUAUUUGGAUGCCUGCUAGUGCUGCGACAUAUGUACUGGAACCCCUUAAACUAGUUUGGGCAAAAUGUAGUGGAUAUCCCUCCUACCCCGCCUUGGUGAGUUUGAGUGAGCGCAUGUCCCAGACUGGCCAAUGCCCAUCUAUACAUGUCUCAUUUCCAUCCAUUCCUCUCAUCGUAAGUGGUGUCAGCUUGUGUUUGUGCACGCCCUGCAGCUAGCUGCUCAGCUUCAAUGUGUAGUGGGUGGUAUGAGUGUGUUAGGAGCCACACAGAUUGCUUACAGCUUUCUGGGUGACUCGGGUAGCAUGGCAUCUGUGUGUCUGUUCAGUGUGUGAUUGUGUUAAUGUCAGUUCCUGUCCACCAGUUUGAACCUUUGCUGCACCACAACCAGGAUUCCCUGCAUCCUCUUGUUUUCAGGCCAUUACAACCAAUCACUUCUCUCGCCCCCCUCCCCCAUGCAGAUCAUAGACCCCAAGAUGCAGAGGGCGGGGUGUCACCACAACGGGGUCUCUCUCCCCCUGCCCCCUCCGGACGUCCUCAGGGUCGGCGAGCAG